UGAUAGUUUCUACGAGAACCUCACGUUGCUGAAAAUGGCCAGAAUGAGCAUCUCAACUUACUCUGUUCUCUUUGCUUUAGCAUUUCUUUCAGAGUCCUUAACAGCUUCACUGGCAAGAUCUCUAAACAAGAUAGAAGACACUAGAAUGCUAAAUGAUUUCUUCAGCCCAAGUAAAGCACACCUGGAUGCAGAGGGGCUGGACAAGUCAGAAAUCAUAGUCUUCACAGAUUUAGGUGUCAAGAAGAAUGCUAAAGAUCUCCAAGACUUCCUAACUUCUGCCAACUCGAAACUCUUCAGCCCUGUAUUGUCUGUGGAUCAUUCUCCCAGACAGUUGCCUUACUUCACCGUCAGAAAAGCAGAAGCACCCCAGUCAGAAAGCCAAAGCACUGAAACAGAGGAACGCAGAGAUUCUGGAAGGGAUGAUUCUAAAAUUCCAGUAGGCAGAAGAGACUUUGACAUGCUAAGAUGUAUGCUGGGAAGAGUCUACAGACCAUGCUGGCAGGUGUAGGAAUUGUUUCAGUCCUCCAAUGAACAAGUUUUUUGAAAAAUUACAAUGAUCCAGUUAUUCACCUUUGUGUUAUGCCUGCA